AUGAUUAAUCAACACCGUGGUAUAAACGAAAUAGACCGGUUUGUGAAAAUCAAAAACAUAAGUCUGAAUUUAGAUAGUGAAGUCUUUUACGCUCACUGGGAAACCGACAAGUGGCAACUGUAUGACAUUUAUCGUACUGCCCUUUCACCAAGAGGUCGUUUAAUCGUCGGCAUAGUCAAUGAAACUCUGUACGGAAAGUGGGGUUUGCGUUCGUGGAAGUAUGACAAAAGAACGGACUUGCAUAAUUUAACAUUAAAUGUUAUCAAUGUGGCCAACCCUUAUGGCAGAGCCGGGUUAAACACCAGCGAACGGCGGUUAAGCGGUCGUGAACUAGUUAAUUACUUAAAAUCGUUUGAGGUCUACAAUGUGGAUACAAUGGCCAAGUUUAGUUAUGCAGCAUUCGAACCCUUGAUGAAAAUAUUUAACUUUUCAGUUCGUCUGAGAUCUACAAAUUCGUGGGGCUACAAACUAAAUGGUUCUUGGGACGGUAUGAUUAAAGCUUUAGUCCAAGGGAGAGCUGAUAUUUCCGGAACGGCUGCCUAUAAGACUGAUAGGCUUGACGUUAUCGACUAUACCUCUGUAACACUUUGGCUACAUAAGCCUUGCUUUACAUUUCUGCAUCCUACAGGAAGCCAAGACAAUCUUACUCUACUUAGACCGUUUUCGUUUACCGUUUGGUGUAGUCUAGUCGGAAUGCUAGUGUUGUCUGUACUGACGUUUUACCUUAUCGUAAAAUAUGAACAUUUUUCAUCUCAGUUGAAAACCAACUCAAUCUUGGCUAAUGUAUUACUUAUAAAUAUCGCUGCAUACUGCCAACAGAGUUUUUAUGUACAACCGACAAAAUUAGCCGGUAGAGUAAUUUUUAUUUUGGUGUUCUUUUUUGGAACGUUAUUGUACCAAUUUUACUCGUCCAGCAUUGUAGCCAGCUUGCUUCACCAACCCGUUAAAAAUAUUGAUUCUUUGGAAAAACUAGCCAAUAGCCGUUUCAAAAUAGGAAUCGAAGACAGUGUCAACGUACGACUAUUGACCAAAGAACUUUCUAUGAUUAAUCCGACGAUGGAAAACAUUUUAGGCAUUAAAAAUGAUUCUCGAAGACUGAAAGCCGAAUACGUGUUGAAUGCCGAAGGCGUUGCUAAAGUAAAAAAAGGCGGCUAUGCAUUUUUCACUGAUACGGCCACUAGUUAUUGGUUCAUGGGUAAGUUGUUUUCUGAAAAAGAAAAAUGCGAAUUGACGGAAAUAAGUUUAACCAAACCAAGUCGCGGAAGCAUGAUGCUGCGAAAGAGAUCACCAUACAAAAAGUUAUUUUCAUACGGGUAUGUCAAGCUUUUAGAAACAGGCUUCGUCAACAGAGAGCUGAGGCGGUGGCACGCCAAUAAGCCUACUUGUAUGUAUAACAAAUUGAAAAGCGGCGAUGCGUUUACUAGUGUCAAACUCGGCGAUAUACUUCCAGCUUUAGCCAACCCUUAUGGCAGCGCCGGGCUAAACACCAGCGAGCGGCGGUUAAGCGGUCGUGAACUAGUUAAUUAUUUAAAAUCUUAUGGGGUGUUUAACUUGGAUUCUGUAUCUAGAUUCAGUUAUGCGACAUUCGAACCGUUGGCAAAAAUGUUUAAUUUCUCGAUUAAUUUGAAAUCGUCGAACUCGUGGGGCUUUAAGACCAAUGGAUCCUGGGAUGGAAUGAUUGAAGCUUUGAUCGCCGGAAUUCACGUGCAGCCGGUAAAACCAGCCGGGCGAGUGAUUUUCAUUUUAGUGUUUGUUGUUGGUAUAUUUGUGUACCAAUUUUACUCAUCCAGUAGCGUGGUUAGCUUGCUCCGUCCUUCUGUGAAAAAAAUUGAUUCUUUAGAAAAAAUAGUCAAAAGCCGUAUGAAAGUGGGAAUCGAGGACAGCGUUUAUUUGCGUAUUCUGGCCAAUGAAAUUGCCGAGGUCAAUCCGUUGAUGAAAGAGAUUUUAGAUUGUCGGCGUAAUUCGCAUGGCCAAAAAGCCGAAUUCGUGUUAAAUGCCGAAGGCGUUGAGAAAGUAAUGAAAGGAAAUUAUGCGUUUUUCACCGACACGGCCACCAGUUAUUGGUUUAUAAGCAAACUAUUUACCGAGAGCGAAAAAUGUGAUUUGGCGGAAAUCAGCAUAACAAAACCGAACCGAUGUAGUGUUAUGUUGCAAAAGAAAUCACCGUACAAAAAGUUGUUUUCUUACGGGUAUAUUAAACUGUUAGAAACUGGCUUCAUCAAUAGAGAGCUAAAACGGUGGCGUAGUAGCAAACCUAUUUGCGUUUACAGCAAAUGGAAAUCCAAAGAAUCAUUUGUCGGUAUAAAAUUCAGUGACAUAAUCCCAGCUCUUUUGCUAUUAUUUAUCGGAUAUUUAAUCUCUUUGUUGAUAUUUAUCAUUGAACAUUUUCUAAGUUUGCAGUUGACAACCCGAUUUAUUUGA